AAUGAUGCCAUUUUUCGUAGUUAAUGGUUUAUAAAUUUAUUUCCUUUCGUGGUUGCUACACUUAAUUUAACUAAUAAAGGUUGUCCUUUCAUGGUAAUGCAGCUAAUAGCUUGGAUCAAAUGAAGGAUCAGGAUCAGGAUCUGCUAUCCCAUCUAUUGAGAAACCUUACUAGUACUGAUGGCUCACUUAAUGGGAGGAACAUAUCUGGAUUAUUGCCUGGUUUUCAAGACUUGCAAAAUGCUGGGAUGUCUCUUGGAACUCCAGAAAAGGAUCCUCUGCGGCCUAAUGGACAAUGUAUGGCAUUUGAAGGGACAGAGAAGAGAACUAUCACAGACAAUACACAGGGUGGACUGUUUCAAACUCCAUAUGCAAUUCCGUGUCCUACAAGAGACAACAUUCCUUCCAAAGCAAGUGUCUCAGACAAUGGAGUGGGAAGGAUGAAAUUGAAUGACAUAGACUUGAAUACUGUUUACAAUGAUUCUCAGGAUUGUUCAGAAAACCUGGAGAGUUAUCAUGCUCCUGUAAAUCUGGGGAUUGGGUCUCUUUAUUGCACUUUACAGGGACAUCAUGACGGUCAGAAGUCAAGCCCUCUUCAGACAAGUAGGAAUACAGGCUCCACAUCCACCCAGUCACUAUCUAGUUUGAGCAU